CAGGUGGCCGUGGGAGCCGGGUGGGGCCUCGGUGAUGAUCCGGCAUUAAGGGCCUGGGGCUCUCCUCUGUCUCAGGAUUCCUGUACAUCAAUGGCAGAAUCCUCCAGCGAUUCAGACCACUUCCGCUCUCGAGACCGAUUGAGUCGAUGGGCUGCGAGGUCAAUACACAGGGAUAUUCACAAUCGUCCUACAGUAGAUGUCACCGAGAAGGUCAACACUAUAACAAGUACUUUACAGGACACCAGUCGGAACCUGCGACAAGUAGACCAUUUGCUUGGACAGUAUCGAGACUAUAGUAAUGGACAGGCAGGUGCUAUAGAACACUUAAAAGAAAGCUUGGAACAAUCAAUAGGCCAACUGCGGAGUCAACGUUUAUUGAGACACUCAGGAGGGAGAAGUAUUUCUGUUACAAGUCUGAGUGCAAGUGACCUUGAUGGUGGCACUGUGACAGAAAGCCACCGUUUUCCACCUACCUCGCCUCUCAAGGACUAUGGGGAUCAACAGGGUAGUAAACGAGUUAGAUCCAGAGCUGGCAUUCGAUUUGUUCAGGAGACCGAUGACGUGGGCCAGCUACAUGCUUUUCAUCAGUCCCUCCGAGACCUCAGCAGUGAGCAAGUUCGCCUUGGAGAUGAUUUCAACCGGGAGCUGGCCAGGAGAAGCAGGUCGGAUGCUGAAACAAGAAGGGUUUUGGAAAGAUUGACUGAAAAACUUGGCGAAACCCAAAAACACGAAGUGGUUUCAGAUCGGGUGGAGCGGCGGCUUCAGGAAAUAGAAAAGGAGAUGCGCACAGAAAGAGAGCUGGUGGAAAGACGCCAGGACCAACUGGGACUUAUUUCUAUGCAGCUACAAGAGGCAUUGAAGAAACAAGAAGCUAAAGCAGACGACGAGGGAGUAAUGAAAAACAAGCUAAGACAAACUGAAACUGAGAAGAGCCAACUUGAACAGGAAUUGGAGCUAUCUCGAAGGUUAUUGAAUCAGUCGGAGGGCAGCCGAGAAACACUUUUGCAUCAGGUAGAAGAACUCCGUGCACAACUUAUGAAAGCAGAGGGCGAUCGAAAGGGUUUACAACAUCAAGUAUCUCAGAUUUCCAAGCCACAGGCAAACCAUCAGGAUGAACAAGGAGAUGACUGGAGGUUUAGGAGAGGCGUUGAGCGGGAGAAAGACGACCUGGAGAAGCAGAUGUCAAACUUGAGAGUGCAGCUGAACUUCAGUGCCAUGGCCUCCGAGCUAGAGGAAGCAAAGCGGUGCGUGGAGCGGAAAGACAGGGAGAAAGCACGCUUGGCAGCACAAGUGGAGAAUUUAACACAGGAAUUGGACAAGAAGGAAAAGCAGCAGCUACAGAUGUUGGAUCAACUGAAGGAGAUCCAGACUCACUUUGAGACAUGUGAUGCCAAGCGUAAGCAAACUGACCUCCAGAUCUCUGAGCUCACGCACCACGCUGAGGAUGCAACCAAGCAGGCCGAGCAGUACCUCCUGGAGUUGCAGCAGUCAGAGGCCCUGAGACAGGAGGCAGAGAAGAGGAGAGAGGAGCUGAAACUGAAGGCUCAGGAGUCCAUUAGGCAGUGGAAGCUCAAGCAUAAGAAGUUAGAGCGAGCAUUGGAGAAACAAUCUGAAACUCUGGAUCAACUGACAGACAAGAAUAAUCAGAUCCUGAAAGAAAAGGGUGAAUUGAAAAGCCAGCUGGGCGCAGCAUUACAACAAGUAGAGAAUCUUGGAAAGGAGCUGAAUGAUGUUGUCACCAAGCGUGCCCUUCAGGAGGAGCAGCUUCACUGUAAGGAGCAGAAACUAAGUGAUGUUAGGGCGCAUCAAGCUGACCUCGAGCUAGAAGUCAAGGAUUCCCUGGACACCAUCCAUAGACUAGAAACUGAACUGCAAAAGCAGAGUAAGUUUCAAAGCCAGCUGAAAGUUGAGAAAGCUCGCCUAGAGGAAGAAAUUACAGAGCUGAAGAAGAGCCAGGCCAGGGACAAAGCUCAACUCCUGGAGAUGCAAGAGGCCAUCAAGAACUUGAGUGCCAUCCGGGCAGAUCUAGCUAAUAAAUUGGCCGAGGAACAGAGAGCCAGGAAGGAGGCGCUUAAGAACUUUUCUGACCUCAAGACACAGGCGGACUCUAGAGAUAAAGAAACAGCUACAGUCAUUACACAGUUAAAACUAGAACGAGAUGUUCACCAGAGGGAGCUGGAAGAUCUCACAUCAUCACUGCAGAGUGUGAAAACCAAACACGAACAAAAUAUCCAGGAGCUGAUGAAGCACUUCAAGAAAGAAAAGAGUGAAGCCGAGAAUCAUAUUAGGACACUGAAGGCAGAGAGCUUAGAAGAUAAGAAUAUGGUGAGAGCCCAUCUUUGUCAGCUGGAGAAGCUGAGGUUGCAGUGUGACAGGCUCACAGAAGAAUUAGCCCAGAAUGAAAACGAGAACCAAAAACUGAAGCUAAAAUAUCAGAGUUUGAAGGACCAUCUAGAAGAAAAGGAGAAACAUAUAAGCAAUGAAGAGGAGCACUUAAGGAGAAUGGAAGAGGCCAGGCUGCAGCUCAAGGACCAACUUCUUUCUCUGGAGACCGAGCAGGAGUCCAUUCUUGGUAUGAUAGGGAAGGAAAUUGACACAGCUUGUAAGACCUUCUCCAGGGACUCGAUGGAGAAAUUCAAAUUUUUUUCAUCUGGCCCUGACAUUAAUUAUGACCCACAUCGCUGGCUAGCAGAAAGCAAGACUAAACUUCAGUGGCUCUGCGAGGAACUGAAAGAGAGAGAAAACAGGGAGAAAAGCCUGCGGCACGAGCUGAUGCUGUGCAGACAGCAGCUCAGGAACAUGACUGAGAACAAGGAAUCUGAGCUCCAGUGCCUCUUUGAACAGAUCGAAAGGCAGGAACAGCUUCUGGAGGAAAUACACCGGGAGAAGAGAGAUCUGCUGGAGGAGACCUACAGAAAAGAUGAAGAAAUGGAAUCUCUGCAGGACCGUGUAAAUGUGUUAGAAACGAGUACUCGAGUGGCCUUGGACCAUCUGGAGUCUGUGCCUGAGAAACUGAGCCUACUAGAAGGUUUCAGAGACUUCAGAGAUUCCCACAGUUCAUCCAAGAGAAUCGAUGGGAUAUACUCCAGACACAGGGUUCCCCGGGAGUCUUUCCAGCAGCGCCGAGACGACCCCAAGUACAGAAUCAGAAGCUUCAAAGAUGACCGAGCCUUUGCCGAAAGUUCCUAUGCUCAUGGCUUAGAUCUCUCAUCCCCUUGGCAGGAUCACAGUCGCUUCCUGGCUAGCCCACGGUUUUCACACUUGACCUCAUUUACCAGAAGACCGUUUGCUCCCGAUACGACUUCAAUCAAGGAAGACGCCAGAGGUUUCCCAAUGGAUGGAACAAGUGCACAAUCCAAAAGGGAGGAACCCGAAAGCAAAAACAGCAAAAUGUAGUUUGUUGCUUUCCAUGCAUGUAUUGCAAAUAAUAGCAUAUCCACGCUGGCUGCAGUUUGGCCUGCGUUACCCAGCAGGCAUAGCGGGAGUGUGUGCUUUCCAGCAUUGCCAGACACCGACUGCAGUGACAAUACGGUCGGUCCUUGUGGAUGAUGCAUGUGAAACCACUCCAAACACUGUCAGCUCCUGAACGACUCACAGCUAACUUACUGGCAACUUAGACCAGCAGAGAAAGUGAUAUUCUUCACUUCGCAUUUUCUUUCUCAGGUGUGGUCAGCCUCAUUUUUCCAACCAAAAUUUGAAUUUAUAAUUGAGGUCUUUCAAAAAUGACUGGCUAGAAAAUGAGCUCCCCUUGAGGCAGAGGUUGCCAGCGCUUUAGAUUCAGGGAGCAUUUAUAUACAAUUGAUUUUUAAAAAAAUGCUUUCUCCCUAAUAAAUUAUCAUGUGUUAUAACAUGUCAUGGAGAUAUGCAAAUACAAUAUUUGUUCACUUUAUAAAUGCUCAGGAUUGUUAAAUCCAUCCAGCAGUCUAUUGCUACACGCAGUAUCUUAACAUUAUUGCCAAUCAUCUGUAUUAAAUAGCAAUAAAGAAUUUACAGUGCUAUCUGAA